CACAACUCACGUACAACUGUGACUGAAACAUGGCCUCCAAGCAGCAGCAGCAGAAGAAGAAGGAGCUUCAUAUAGUUAUGUUUCCAUGGCUUGCUUUUGGGCAUAUCACCCCAUUCCUGGAGCUCUCCAAGUCCAUAGCAGCAAAGGGUCACAGAAUCUCCUUCAUUUCCACUCCUCGAAACAUAGAUCGCCUUCCUCUCCUCCCACCCGACCUCGAAUCCUCCAUAACCAUGGUCAAGAUCCCGCUUCCUCGCGUCGAUGGGCUGUCGUCGCCGAACGCGGAGGCCACGAUGGACAUUCAACCGGAGGAGAUGCCUUACCUCAAAGAAGCCAUGGAUGGCAUGGAAACAGAGGUGACUCGUUUCCUGGAGAGAACCUCCCCUGAUUGGAUCAUCUUCGAUGUCGCCCAGCACUGGCUCCCGCCUGUUGCGGCCAGGCUCGGGAUUUCUCGGUGUUUCUUCAUUACCACCAGCCCCUGGUUCACCGCUUUCUUCUCUGACGAAUUCAUGAUGAGUAUCUCCUCACCGCCAAAGAUUGAAGACUUCUUAGCCCGCCCAAAGUCCAUUACCUUUGAGACAAAGGCUCGAUUCCGCCGGUACGAGGCAAAAUGGAUUCUCAGCUCGCCACCGA